AUAUUUGGCGAAAUAGCUUACCUUGCAGAGAAUCUGAGAUUCUAGAGAGAGAGAGAAAGAGAAAGAGAAAGAGAGGAGGGAGAUAUGCAGAGAGUGAAACCAGUUUCCUUAGUUUGGCGUUGUCUUAGUAGAUCUAGCUAUUUCUCCCACAGAAAAGGCAUCGUUUCUCAUGCUAACAGCGCCCUCGAAGAUGAUCCCGACAGUAUUGUACUCGUGGAAGGCGGUGCAUGCUCCCGAACCGCAAUUCUUAACAGACCUUCUGUUCUCAAUGCCCUCAACACUGCAACUGGCGCGAGGUUACAUAAAUUGUACAAAUCUUGGGAAGAAAAUCCUGACAUCGGUUUUGUGGUAUUGAAGGGCAGUGGCAGAGCAUUUUGUGCUGGGGGUGACGUUGUUUACCUGUACCGAACUGUCAAUAGUGGAAAUUUAGAAGAUUGUAAAGAAUUCUUUAGAACAUUAUAUAGUUUCAUGUACCUUGUGGGUACUUAUUUGAAACCACAUGUGUCCAUUCUGAAUGGAGUCACUAUGGGUGGUGGGGCUGGGAUUUCCAUACCUGGAACGUUCAAGGUUGCAACUAGUAGAACAGUUUUUUCUACCCCUGAAACUUUAAUUGGUUUUCAUCCUGAUGCUGGGGCAUCAUUUUACCUCUCACAUCUUCCUGGUCACUUAGGAGAAUACCUAGCUCUUACAGGAGACAAAAUUAAUGGAGUUGAAUUGUUGGGAUGUGGUUUAGCUACACAUUAUUUUCAAUAUGAAAAACUUCCACUAAUUGAGGAACAACUUGGAAAGCUAAUGACUGAUGAUCUCUCCGUAAUAGAAAACACUCUCUCAAAAUAUGGGGAUGUUGUUUACCCUAAUAAAGAUAGCAUACUUCAUCGAACCGUGAUCAUUGACAAAUGUUUUAGACACGACACAGUUGAAGAAAUUGUUGAUAGUUUGGAAUGUGAAGCGGGGAAAACAAAUGAUGAUGGGUGGUGUUAUGCAACGCUUAAUAAAUUAAAAGAAGCGGCGCCACUGAGCUUGAAAGUUUCAUUAAGAUCUAUCCGAGAAGGUAGAUUUCAAACACUGGAUCAGUGCUUGACACGUGAAUAUAGAAUGUCACUUCAAGCCUUGUCCAAACAGAUCUCAAAUGACUUCUCUGAGGGUGUUAGAGCAAAACUGGUGGAGAAAGACUUCACUCCCAAGUGGGAUCCUCCAAUGCUGGAACAAGUAUGUGAAGAAAUGGUAGAUAAGUAUUUUUCUCCCUUGACUGCAUUUGAACCCGAAUUAGAUCUCCCAACUAACCAUCGAGAAGCUUUUAUGUGAUUAUUUAUCUACAUUUAUCAAUAAUAAUAAUAAUAAUAAUACAUUCCUUGAGAUGAUAAUUCUCAUUAUUGGUCUUUCUUUAGAAUUAAUAACAUUUUCUUU